AGCAAAGGACGAUCUAAAGCCAAUUCACAAAUAAGAGCCAAAUAUGGAAGCUAAAUUCCAAAAGUCGAUGAUCGCUGGAAUACAGACCGUCCCGCCCGUGGAAGUCACCAAGCACCGUAAAGUCCGCUCCAUAUCUGCUGGAGAUCCCUUGGGAGCAGGAAUAUUCCAGCGAACAUUAAACACAGUCACAUAUUACAAGCAUGCAGGUGAUAGUGGUGAUAGAGGAUGGUUAGUGGCCGGGUGGAUGAAGGAGUCGCUAGGGAGAGCCUUGACGUCGCAUCCGAUGAUUGCUGGUAGACUGCGGUGGAGGAGGAAGACAACAGCGGCGGAUGAAGAUGGUCUGGAGGUGGUGGCUAAUGACUGUGGCGUUAGGCUGGUUGAGGCUAGGUUCCCGGCGAGUUUGCUGGAGUUUUUUGAAAUGGUGAAGAGAGACAAAGGCAGAGCUGAAGCAGAGACUGUCUUCUGGACAGACAUUGAUGAAAUUGAUCCUCAAUUCUCUCCAUUGUUCUAUGUUCAGGUGACUAGCUUUGAGAAUGGUGGGUACUCAGUUGGGAUAAGCUGCAGCAUCCUAUUAGCUGAUAUCCUCCUUGAGACAGACUUCUUGACCAAAUGGGCUCAAAUCCAAAGCUCUUUAGCUCAUUCUAAGACCACACUCAAACCACUCUUCUACCUCCCAUCAAACAAAAGAAUCAAUUUCCUCACUGAACUGUCUAGGUCAGCCUCGGUUCUCGACCGCGGUGAACCCUUUGUUUUCCUGGCUAAAACAUGCUCGAAAUUGUCACUAGCCUGCAUGAAAAAAACCGUUGUUAACCGAGAGACAGCUAGGGCGAAUGUAUUCUUCUUGUUCGUCAAGGAACAAGGUGGUGAUGAAAAUAGUACUACUGAACGUGAUGGUACCAAGGUUGAGAUACAUACGAGUGAUGAAAUUAGCGAUUGCGAUUGUGGUAACGAUAUAGGGGAGGAGACAGAUGUUGGAGUACUUGAUGUGAGUUUAGCGUUCGAUGACAAAUUUGAAGGCAGUUCAUGUUGGAUUGGGUCUAUCUCAAAAGGGAUUGUGUUUGGCGUCCCAUCUACUUUUGGUGGCACCAAGUCGCUUGUAAAAUUUAUUAUUGCAUUGCCAAAGAAAUGA